ACAAUCCCCACCCAGGUGGUGUUGUGUGAUUGUCAGCCGGGCUGGACUGGAGAUUUUUGCGAAAUGGAUUACGACGCCUGUGCCGAUAGCCCUUGUUUCAUAGGCGUUGCUUGUACUGAUGAAGCCCCGCCAUCGUACAACAGCACCUGCGGACCUUGUCCUGAAGGACUGGAGGGAGACGGCAAGAGUUGCCUAGAUAUUGACGAGUGCCAGCUGUACAGAGACCAACCAGCUAGCAGUGGUGGACUUGGCUGCGAUCAAAACUGUGAAAACGUCCUAAUGAACUACACAUGUAGCUGCAAUCCUGGAUAUUUACUUCACGAGGAUGGCAGGCAGUGCAUCGAAGCGCCUUCAACUAUGGCUCAAGUGUCAACGUCAGCUACAACAUCAACUUAUCAGUCGGAUACCUCCACUACAGUAGAACUAACAACCACUCUAGCACAAACCACCACUCCAGGACCAACUACAGCGCCGGGACUAACCACCGUUCCAGGACCAACCACCACUCAAGGACCAGCCAGCGCUCCAGGACCAACCACUGUUCCAGGACCAAGCACCCCUCCAGGACAAACCACCAUUCCAGAACCACCCACCACUCCAGGACAAACCUUCACUCUAGAACCAAGCACCACGGAUGAGUUUGUAGUUGAACAGGCCACCACUCCAGAACUAACAACCACUCUAGCACUAAGCACCUCUCAAGAACCAACCACCCAUCCAGGACCAACCAACGUUCCAGGAACAACCAACGUCCCAGGAUCAACCACCGCUCCGAGACAAACCACCACUCCAGGACCCACCACCGUUCCAGGAACAAGUACAAUUCCAGGACCAACCACCACUCCAGGACCAACAACCACUCCAGGACCAACAACCACUCCAGGACCAACAACCACUCCAGGACCAACCUCCACUCCAGGACCAACCACCGUUCCAGGACCAACCACCGUUCCAGGACCAACCACCGUUCCAGGACCAACCACCGUUUCAGGAUCAACUACCAUUCCAGAAUCAACCACCACUCCAGGAUCAAAUACCAUUCCAGGACCAACCACCACUCCAGAACCAACAACCACUCCAGGACUAACCUCCACUCCAGAACCAACCACCGUUCCAGGACCAACCACUGUUCCAGGACCAACCACCGUUCCAGGACCAACCACCGUUUCAGGAUCAACUACCAUUCCAGAAUCAACCACCACUCAAGGACCAACCACGGUUUCAGGACCAACCACCACUGCAGGACUAACCACCACUCUAGAACCAACCACUCUAGAACCAAGCACCACAAAUACGUUCGUAGAACUAACAACCACUCUAGCACCAACCACCACUCCAGGACCAACUACAGCGCCGGGACUAACCACCGUUCCAGGACCAACCACCACUCAAGGACCAGCCAGCGCUCCAGGACCAACCACUGUUCCAGGACCAAGCACCCCUCCAGGACAAACCACCAUUCCAGGACCACCCACCACUCCAGGACAAACCUUCACUCUAGAACCAAGCACCACGGAUGAGUUUGUUGAACAGGCCACCACUCCAGAACUAACAACCACUCUAGCACUAAGCACCUCUCAAGAACCAACCACCCAUCCAGGACCAACCAACGUUCCAGGAACAACCAACGUCCCAGGAUCAACCACCGCUCCGAGACAAACCACCACUCCAGGACCCACCACCGUUCCAGGAACAAGUACAAUUCCAGGACCAACCACCACUCCAGGACCAACAACCACUCCAGGACCAACAACCACUCCAGGACCAACAACCACUCCAGGACCAACCUCCACUCCAGGACCAACCACCGUUCCAGGACCAACCACCGUUCCAGGACCAACCACCGUUCCAGGACCAACCACCGUUUCAGGAUCAACUACCAUUCCAGAAUCAACCACCACUCCAGGAUCAAAUACCAUUCCAGGACCAACCACCACUCCAGAACCAACAACCACUCCAGGACUAACCUCCACUCCAGGACCAACCACCGUUCCAGGACCAACCACCGUUCCAGGACCAACCACCGUUCCAGGACCAACCACCGUUUCAGGAUCAACUACCAUUCCAGAAUCAACCACCACUCAAGGACCAACCACGGUUUCAGGACCAACCACCACUGCAGGACUAACCACCACUCUAGAACCAACCACUCUAGAACCAAGCACCACAAAUACGUUCGACUGCCAGGUUUUAAGCUGUCAGAAUGGAGGGACAUUUGAUGUUGAGUUUUGCGAGUGUGCCUGUCCACUUACACAUUCAGGAUCAACAUGUUCUGAUGAGAAUCCGUGUCUGUCUGGUAAUAGAUGCUCUGAUGCUCAACACUACUGUUUGCCAGACACACACCAAGAUGGCUUCACUUGCAUUUGCAAUGUUUUCGAUGGGUAUUUCUUGCAAAACGAUAGUUCGUGUAGAAAACUUCCAUCUAAACAGAUUGUGGUGACAGCUGAUUUGGAUUUCAAUCAGGCCUACAAAAACCCGACAUCAACUGCUUUCCGGAGACUAGCUGCUGUAUUUGAACGGGCGGUAAUUAUACUGGUCGAUUAG